UACAAUUUAUGUAACAAGAAGUAUGAAAUUAUUAAAUCAAAUUAGAAAUAUCACACUACUAAUGUACCAUAAAUUUCAUAAUUUAUUUAAUUCAAAUAAUAAAUCUUUAGCAUAUUUUAUAAUUAUCAUGUUUAUUACAAUUUCGUAUUAUUCAAUUCUAAUGAAACUAAUAAAUCCUGAAGUUACAUAUAUAAUUGCUCCAACUUCAUCUCGGGUAUUUAUACAAUUUGCAAACAAUUCAUUAUCAGCAAACUAUACUACUGAAAUUGUGACACAUCGUAUAACUAGUUCAACCCCUAUAAUUACCACUAAAACUUUUCAUCCUCAACGCCGUCACCAUCACCAUCAUCGUCGUCGUCCACGUUAUGGUCACAAAAAAAUGAGAUUGAGAAAAGUAAAGUCAUUGAACGUCAUCAAGUCAAAGUUUCAAGUACAUUCAAGAUUAAAUUGGAAAACUAAAAAAAAUAAUGAUGUUUUAUCACAAAAAUUUUUUCCUCCAUUAUAUCUUGAUCAUUCAUUUUGUUUAAAUCAAUCUAAUUUUCAUAUUGAUAAUGAAAAAUAUAUUAAAUUUAAAAAAUAUCGACAAAUUAUAGAUUUACCUAAUGUAUUAAGAGUAUUUAAUAUAAGUCAAUGGUUCAAAAUAAAGCCAACUAUAUGUCAAUCUAGUAAAAUAAAUUUAUUAAUUAUUAUAUUCUCUCCAAUAAUAGAUCAUUCAAUUCGUUAUAAAAUUCGUCAAACAUGGGGUUCAAUUAAAUAUAUUUUAAGUGAUACUAUUAUAAAUAAACAAUAUUUUAAUGGAUUAAAUAUUAUUGAACAUUUAUUUAUUGUUAAUAUUACAAAAUAUAAAUUUAAACAAAAUUCAAUUCAUAUUCAAAAUCUUUUAAAAGAAGCACAAUAUGAAAAAGAUAUUUUAAUUUUAUGUUUAAAUCAUUUACAAAAUAAUUUAGCUUCAUUAUAUCUUUUAACAAGUGAAUUCUUAUUAAAUUCUUGUAAACAUUCUAUAGAUUUUGUUUUAUUUAUUAAUCAAGAUUUAUUUCCUAAUUUAAAUGCUUUAAUACAAUAUACAAAUUCAAAAUUGUUACAUUUAACAUCGAAUACAUUAAAACAAAAUCAUAAUCCAUCUAUAUAUUGUAUACCAAUGAUACAAAAACAUAUUGAAUAUAAUAAACGAUUUAAUAAUUUAUAUAAAAAUAAUUUACCUAUAUGGCAAGGAAAUAUUUAUCCUACAUAUUGUGAUAUUAAAACUGGUGGUUUUUUAUUAUUAUUUAAAACAAUGAAACAAUGGUAUGCAUGUUCUCAUUUAUAUAUACCAUUUAAUCCUAUACAAGUUUAUUUAACUGGUUUUAUAAGAUAUAUAGCUAAAAUUGAUAUCGAAAAUUAUUGGAUAAAUUAUUGGUCAAUUAGUAAUUUGUUACCAAGUGUAUCAUUAAAUAAGAAAAGUAAAAAAUAUUUAUUUUUUCAAAAAUCUAUUAAUCAAAAUAAUCGAGUAUGGAAAAGUGUAUUUCGUGCAACGUUGAGUUGAUAACACCAUAUAUAUGUAUGUACUUUUUUCUGAAUCUUACUUUUGUUUCCAUUGUGUGGAAAUAUAUUAAUUCAAAUUAAUGAGUCAUUUGAAAUAAAAAUAUAAAUCAAA